GUACUUGCCAGCAAUCACGAUACAACUAAAAACCAGCAGUGGUAAAGCUCCGAUUGGCAUUUGCGUGGUCAAAAAUCUCCACGAGUACCGAAGGAACGAGGGAGACCAACAUUUGUUGGCUCAGAUGUUUGAUGCAAAUGAGAAUGACAAUGGCGUCAACGUGACAGGUAAAAAUCUCACAACUUGUCAACAAUUUAAUCGCGCAACAGGCUUGUCGCAACCUUGUCAACAAGUUGUAAAAGUGUUGUCAUCUUGCUAAGUUGCUACAAGAUUUUCACUUCAAACCUGUUAUUUCUGGGGAAAAACCAGUGCGACCAUCUAAGCAACUUGUCUCGGAACUUGUUUUGCAAUGUUAAGGUUACAGGGCACCCUUUUUGGCGUUUUGCGGAAAAUCGCUACUGCGCGCUCAAUAUCAGUCCGAUUUUAAUCAAAUUUUCACCAAAUAUUCGCCAGUGCAUGCAAAAUAUGGUAAAGUUUUAAAAUUGACAAACAAUAAAAUAAUGUAAGAAUUAUUCAGGAAAAUCUUAAAUCGCGGUACCAUUAUACGCUUUUGAGUUGUGCUCCUGCUGGUUUUAAGUUAUAUUUAUGAAAAUAUCAUUUUUAUACAGCAAAAUAGUUGAUCUAAAAAAUUGUGUUCGUAAAUUUCGUCUUUCCGCUGAUAUGGCGAUUUCUUUGUCGACUGCAAUAUAUUUCUGAAUUGUUUGGGUGAAUUGUUCUUUAUUAUUAAAAUAUCCAAAAUUAAAAAAAAGCCGAACACAAUUUUGAAACCGACGUCUUUAGCUAUGUCCUGUGAAAAUUUGAGAAAAAUUGGUUAAAACCCGCAGGAGCACAAUUCUAAUUUGAAUAUUGCAUUUUCAAUGUUUUUCUUAUUGCAGCGAAAUGUAUUUUAUUAAAUAACUCUGCGAGUUUUCAACAUUUUUCGUUGAAACUUGGUCAGAUAGUAGAACUAGUCUAAUGCUUUCAUGGAAACCAAUGAAAAAUUUUUAGGUGUUCUGUAACCUUAAGAAAAAUGAUUUCAGCAUUGCAUUCCAAAGGAUGUUACACCAAGCAAUAUGUUUCGUGUAACUUGCAAUUAUGAUCAUUAAGAACAGUAUAUAGCGCACGUAUGAAUAUUGGCUUUCGUUUAGAUUCAGGAUCGUCUAGUGCUGACUCUGAUGCUUUGACCAGUGUUGCGGUGGGCAGCAAUGGUUGGCAGAAAAGUGGAUCAGAAAGUAGUAAACGAAGUGAAAAGUCAAAGAAAACGGUACAGUAUAUUGAUAUAAUCAGAGUUUAUCGGACCUUUGUUGACAUUUACAACGGCCAUUUUAUUGUUAUUAGAGAGGUUAAGAUACCCCGACUCCGGUUUACGGGUACGGGUGAUAUACACGUACCAGUAAAUCGGGAAAUAACUUGUAACUUAAGAAAUCCAAGAUACUCCGGCGUGAGAAAACCGAUCAGAGAAUGGCAACUUUCGCUGUUGAGGUUCGCCAUAAAUUGUUGAAAAUUUUGACCAGCAUGUGUGCAUUAUUUAUUUGGGUAAGAUGUUGAAAAUUUGUACUAUUUAAACGGCCCAAAAAUAGUAAACAGAAACACCCGUACCCGUUUGUCGUUUACGUGCAGACCACGGUUUACCGCGAGGAAACGGGUAGAAAUUACGGGUAAAAUUGCUCACAUCAGCAAAAAUUGGUAAACAGCUUGUUUUUUAAGGUAGUAAUAUAACCACUCAGCACAGCAUUUUAGAUUUGAACUGUAUGAACAUGAGUGAGCAAUUGAGAUUUUUAGCUUACUAAUUCACGUCCAUUAACAGACAAACCCCAACAAUAACAAAGACAGUCAUGGACGAGCGAGUAACCAUGCAUUAAAUUUCGAUUAAAUUGUUAAUGAUUAUCAAAUAAUGAAUUUACAUUAUUAUUUUUCAGACGCGUGAAGAAGAAAGUUCAAAGGCAAAGAAGAAAGGUGAUGAUGACGAUUGGUGGUCAAAAUAUUAUGCAGCCAAACGCGCUACUGAAGAGAAAAAAGACGAAGCCAACAUAUAUCCAAAGGUUUGCUUUAUAAACAUUAACAAUGAUAGGACCGGCUGUCUUCUUCAGCCCUGGAAAAGAAUUUGUAUUCUGUGACCACUAUUGACAGAACAAAACGUUUUCCUGUCAAUAUUCGAGAUCAUUACCAACUGCAUGAAUCGAAAACGAAGCAAAAUGCCAUAGGCUAUACUAUUAUAAUAGUGUUGUUUAUAAACAGUUAUUGGAUGAAGUUUAUGUGAUAUCCAAAUUUCCGAUGUCGAGGUAAGUGUUAUCAGCCGAGCCGAGGGCGAAUCUGAUAAGGCUUAACUGGGCUUGAUGAUUCCAGAUAUCACAAAAACCGAAUUCAAUACUAUAAUUUUUAACAUACGUUGCAUUUGCAUUUUCAUUAAACUCGUUCGACAAGUAAUGAUUUGUGGCACAAAACAACGUUUAGUUCUCGAACAAGCACUGUAAAGAAAUUAAAAUGUCACAAUAACAACACAAAAGUGUUACCCAUGCAACUCAAUCACUUACUAAGAUUCGGAUAAAAAUGUCAAAAAAAUUUGGGGUUUUUUUGCACCAAGAACAUUCAAAAGCCGUCGUUCAUUUAUGCAAAGCAGCCUCUUGCUAAAUUACGUACCGUUAAAAGGCUCAACAUACAUACAGUCAAGAGUGUUAUCAGUUAUAAUAAACCUGCAGCAGACUUGUAUAGCAAUGCUGUUCCUGCAACAACUUGUCAACAGGAUGUGUUCCCAGUUUGUUGACAAAUUUGCAACAACCUGUUGCGAACACAUCUUGUUGACAAGUUGUGAGCAUAGAUAUCUUAUAUACACUAGAUAAUGCAUCUAAUUAUUCUGAAAUUCAAAAAUUGAAGCCGUGAUUGCAGUCUCAGGUCGUUCCCAUGAAAUUAGAAGAUUCGUAUGUUUCCUAUUUCUUAAACUGGGAACUUAAACAUUAAGUUAACCCUAUUCUAAAUUCGUUUUUAAAAUAUUCAAAUGAUGAAAGUUAUUGUUGUUUUUAAGCGUGUAUUAGCAAGUGGGAACGACCAACAUGGCUGCCAUCUAUUCAAAUGGGGGUAACCGCUGGAAUAUUCUUGGCUACAAUUUUACUAAAAGAGAUGCGCUAUCUAGUGUAUAUAAGAUAUCUAUGGUUGUGAGGUGUUCACGCGUGUGUAGUAGAUAACAACGUCACCUGCGCGGGUUGCGUGAUUUUCGUAUUUUGAUUGGCCAAUCUAAACACGUAUUCAGGUAAUUCCGCAGUUUUACAUUGCGCACUUUUACUGCGCACAUCUUAUAUAACUUUUAAUUCAUCCAUUAUACGUACCGUUUAUAAAAAAAAAUCAUUUUAUGAAAAUCUUAUGUUACUUCAGAACAUUUUUGGUUACAUUCGUGCAAAGAAUUACGUUAGAAUCAAUGUUUUCAAAAAAGGCACACAAAGGUGUAGCUAGGAUUCCCUGUGUCUGUAGUAUAUUUAUUUACUUGUAUUUCACGUUUUAAUGUCACAAUUCCCUAAAAAGAUCAGUGACCCCCGUUUUUUAACUGAUAAUUUAUUUCUUUAAUGCAUUUUACAUUUCAUAUCCGAAAUUAAAAGAAAAAUCAUUUCUGGAUCUUGAAAAAAAAUCCUUUAUCAAUGCAUGUUCUCAAAAAAAUAUGUAAAGAAAUGUGGAAAAGACAUUUGUGGAUCAGAAUUGUACACGUUAGUAGUUUCAUUUUGCUUAAAACACAAUAUUUUUUCAAAAAUACUUACAAGAUAGGUUUACUAAAGCAAAAUCCGCGCUAUAAACGUCAGUAAAUAUCGGGCUGUUGUGAUUUUGCUGUUACUCGUAAUGAGCGUCAAGAUGGCGCUAUAUUGGGGUAAAGGUGGUAUAUUGUGAGUUUCAUAUCUUCUUAACGAGUUCGGCGACCCCGACUUUUUUGUGUGAUUUUACUUUAAAUAUAUCAUAAACUCCAUGCCUGGGAAGUUUCAGCACAUUUUCAUUUUGGGAACAAUUACUGAGGAAUUACCUUAAUUAAACAUUUUGCGUUGUAACAGAUUUAUGCCCAUACUUUGGAAAAAGAAUUCGGGCACUUUCAAGAUCACAUCAAGACAUUUUCUUUCCGAAGAGGAAAAAUGGAAUUUUUGGAUGAAGAGGAUGAAGACAGCAUUGUUGGUGAAUUUAAGGUAAAUAUUAUAGACCCUUGGCCUUUUUUAUUGCUUUGUUUUGGUAGGAAGAUCAUUAUGCAAGCGCGCCUCGGUAUCCCCCUAAUAUUAUGGCUGAAAUUCCUUAAAUAGCAUCAGUUCACUGAAGUGGUUAUAGACCACUCAAAAACUGAAUGAAAUUCAGUGAAAACUCAUUUUUAUUCUAGAUUGUGUCUGUUCAAAGCUAUUAUGCGUGAAAACUAAUAUAGGAAAUUACACGGUUCGAGAAGUUUAAUGAAAAAUCGCACUUAAUAUCAUUUUAUGGUCAAUUUUGCACGAGCAAUCAAUGACAAGAAACAUUGUAUUUUUUGUAUUCAAGCGAGCAGAGCCAUUGAGAGUAAUUUCCCAUACUAAUUUUCAAAUCCUACCUGUAAAAACUGUGAAUAAUCUUUAUUUCUUUGUUUUCUUCGUUAUGAAAGCAUAAAAAAGAGCUCAUUGCAAAAUGACGUUUCGUUUAAGCACCAGCUAUAUAUCGAAGUCAGUUAAUCGUUAUAUAUACUCGUCUAAUAAAUGUAUAUAAAUUUUCACUCGAUAAUUUCCAUUAACAAUACCCUGGUGAGAUGCCAACAAAAUCUUGAUAUUUACAUAUAACCUAAGAUUUGGAAUGCUCUACCAUCACAUAUAAACGAUCUAUCUACUCUUUCCACUUUUAGAAAACACAUGAUAGAAUUUUUGCUAAGAUAAUCUUCAUACGUCGCGCACAUAAUACGCGCUCUUUGAGUAAAAUAUUGUAUUUAUUCUACUGUAUACUAUACUUGUUGUUUGAGGUGAUAAGCCCUAGAUAAGCCCAGUAGAUAAGCCUCACUAGAUAAGCCCAGUGGUUACAUGAGGUCUCCUUGCCAUCUGUUAUUUUGUUUUGUUUUGUUUUCUUUGUAAUUGUAUUACAAUGUAUGGCGAAUGAAUUAAAGUUUCAAGUUUCAACCUACACAUAGGUGCUCCCCAGUAUAUAUACAUGAACUUGUGGUUAGAGCUCGGCAACUGACCUCUGUAGCUCAGUUGUUUAGAGAGCUGUGGAAUCACAGGGCAGCAGGUUCAAUUCCUGCCAGGGACCUAAAGUUGCAUUUUUCGCUUCUGUUCCUGAUUAGGUACAAUAAAUAAUAAAUGUACAUAAAUUUUCACUCGACAAUUUUUAUCUACAAUACCCAUACCAUAGAUAUCUUAUAUACACUAGAUAGCGCAUCUCUUUUAGUAAAAUUGAAGCCAAGAAUAUUCCAGCGGUUACCCCCAUUUGAAUAGAUGGCGGCCAUGUUGGUCGUUCCCACUCGCUAAUAGACACUUAAAAACAACAAUAACUUUCAUCAUUUGAAUACUUUAAAAAUGUAUUUGGAAUAGGGUUAACUUAAUAUUUAAGUUCCCUGUUUAAGAAAUAAUAUACGAAUCUUCUCAUUUCAUGGGAACGACCUGAGACUGCAAUCACGGCUUCAAUUUUUGAAUUGCAGAAUAAUUAGAUGCACUCUCUAGUGUAUAUAAGAUAUCUAUGACCCAUACUCGUCUUUAGAGACGGCAUGCAUGGGACUUUCAUAGACUGUGCCCCCAAUAUUGAAGACUUGUGACGACUACACAUUUUUUUUGGUUCUCUAGGGAGCAUUGGCUAUCUAUGAUCUACCAGAAGAUUUCAGUGGAGAAUUACGUCCACAGAUGUUUAAAAAAGCACAACUUCAUCGUAUGUUUUCUGUUCCCUGUAUUGUUCGAGUCUACAUUGUUAAAGUAAGUGCAUAAUGAUUACUCGAUCGACCGUUUUUGAAGCAAUUUAAAACGUUUUCAGUGCGUGCUUUAUCACACCAAAAGAUUAUCGGCUUCGCUUCGUAUCUUUAUAUCUGAUAAAUCACUACUGCUCAUGUUUUAAAUAGUACAUAAAACAUGAACUCUGAAAGACAAGAUGUUUUAGCACAAAUAUGGUGCACCAGGUAACAUCUAUUUGCAUUGUAACCUUCCACACUUUUUCUUUUUUCAGGCUUAUGAUCUAAAACCGAAGGACACGAAUGGUCUGGUAAGCAAAAAUGAACAUAUAUAUUAUUUAAUUCAUUCAUUCUUUUUCUUUACAACCAUACAGUUGAUUUCACAUAAUUUUUUCCUAAAUAUUGCGUACCUUGUUCCGAACUUUGUUGUGAAGUUCAAAUUUCAAAACUUCAUACUGAAAUUCACAAGCCGGUUUCUAAACAAAGCCUCUGACUGUUCCCUGAACAAGUAUAAGCCAAUCAAAUGCAUUGUUUACAAACUGGUUUGUGAAUGUGAUUAUGAACUUCUGAACUUAAUCGCAACGAAGUUUGUGACGAAGUUCGCAACAUUCAGGACAUUUCAGACACAUGAGCUACGAUUAGGAAACGAUUACAAUUUUGGUGGAUGAAUUUUAAUGAAAACCAAACCAAUGGAUUAAAUCGUAUAGUACGGCAAUGGAAAGCGUUCAAAUGCCAUUACCACCUGGUCAGUUUUGUUUUAAGCUUAUUGUUUGGCAUGACGAGAUUAAUUGGUUUUUCUUCCGUUCUGUACUGCCUUUAAUAAUACACAUUGGUAGUAGGAAAAUGUAAUUUCAAGUAGAAAUUUUUAAUCGGUUUGUAGGGUUUCUAUGUCUUCAUUUUUGCCUGAAAUGAUACAAAAAAGGUGUCAUUCAAAAGAUAAAACCUUAAUCUUUAUCAAUAUGGAAAAAACUAAAUCGGGCCCUCCAUUUUGAGCGCAAUAGACAUUCUAAAGCUGAUCUGCCUUUUUAUUAUACACCAUGUAUAGUAUAUGAUAUACUAUCUAGUACAUGGUGCAAAAGGUGAGUGAUCUUAUUUAAUGUUUAUUUUUUCGCAAUGACCCUGUCAUAUAUCGUGAGUAUAUUUCAUGCUUUAGUCUGACCCAUAUCUUGUGGUAUCCCUUGGCAACGAAACUUUCGACAAUAAGGACAGCUACGAACCAGACACUUUGGAAGUGGAAUUCGGGGAGUAAGUAUAUUGCUAUUGGACAUAACGUUCUGUAUAUCUGCAUUUUAUAAAUUCUUUCUUCGUUAUUACUACGUCGCAAAAUUACUUUCAUACGAAUAACUGCUUUCAUACGAAUGAUUGCACAUAAAGAACAAUGGCAAAAUAAUUUUAAUGUCUGAUAUGAAAGAACGUUUAAUUAAAAUAAUGUAUAAAUCAGAUCUUUUACAGAUCUUUCAUAUCAAGCUUAACUCUUCAAAUAUUUUGACAAAGCAAUGAGUUGUCCGCCAUCUUGGAUGUAAUAUUUCAAAUCCGACUAAGAGGACUGGACUAGAUUUAAAGUCCGCACAAUUUUAUCAAGUCCGAUUCAAAGCCGAGGACUUGAUCAAAAUGCGAGGACUUAAAAUCUAGUCCACUCCAAAUUGGAGGAUUAAAAAAGACAUCUCAUACGAAUAAAUGACUACAUAAAGUGAGAUGAAUUCAUUUUGAUCCAGUUCUAGGACUGGAUCAAUAUACUUCACCAGGUAUCAUGUGAACAAAAUAAAGCGACAUGGUUGGCUACUUUACUCAUAAUUAUUAAUGUUUCGAGAUAGAAUGGUACUGUAGUUUUCCAUUUCUGUCUGUAGAGUGUUUCAGUUUCACGCGGUGAUUCCUGAUGUAAAAGAUUUAAAGGUGAAGGUGAUCGAUAAUGAUUAUGGUAAUGAUGAUCUCAUCGGAGAAACAGUGGUGGAUCUGGAAAAUAGAUUGGUAACACGACACCAUGCCACAGCUGGUUUGCCUCCUACUUAUAACACGUAAGUUGCAUAACAACAGAUACGGGCUGAGUCUACUUAAAGGGAUACGGCAAUAUAGUUUUUUAUUAUUUCAUUUUAAAGAACUUUUAAAAUUAUAUGUUAAUCUCCUUUACCGAUUUUCCGUAACUUUAUUAUUUCUUGAAAUAUUUUGACUUAACAUAAUUUGCUGUCCGCCAUCUUGGAUUAAUUUUUAUCUCAUUAUCGGUGAUUUUAGUGACGUCAUAAGCAGGGUUAGCCAUAUAAAACUACAUCUAAAUGACCACAUAACAUUAUGUCUUGUUUGAAAAGUCGUCAGAUAGUUUUUAUUUCAAAUAGUUACUGAAGUAUAUGAUUUUGGCCUCAUAAUAACCAAUUGCUCUAUGGAUAAAAUUCUUGCGUGACCCUGCUUAUGAUGUCACAUGCAUAUCCGCCAAAAUCCGAGAUGGCGGAAAGCUCGCUGAUUUGUGAUUUUUUCUGUUCAAAUAUCUCAAGAAACAAUAAAGUUACGCAAAAUCGGUAAAAGAGAUUAACAUAUAAUUUUAAAAGUUCUUCCAAAUGAAAUAAUAAUAAAAAUAUUGCCGUAUAAAGGUUAAAAUUGAAAUUAAAUUAAUGUUUGCCAAAGAAACUGAAUGUCAGAUUCGAAUUGUUCAAUUAAAUGUAAAUUGCACACAUUGGAGAGUUUUAGACCAAUCUGAAGAAUAAAUUCCCAGAGAUAUACUCAAUUCUAUAUAUAUUUUUAUUUACCAUUUUAGAGGGAUAUGGCAACAUAUUUUUUUAUUAUUUCAUCUGGAAGAACUUUUAAAAUCAUAUUUCAAACAUCAUUAAUAAUUCAUAAGCUUAUUGGCAAAUCAUGUCAACCAUAAUAUGUCACGUGCAGUGGCUUUAAAGCUGAUAAAACACUCCUAAUUAGUAUUCUUUAUAUAAAGAAUACAAAUAAGGCAGUAUCUAUUGUAGUCGUGUCCUCAUUAGUAUUCUUUAUAUAAAGAAUACUAAUGGCAGUAUAUCUAUUGAAUUUGUAGUCGUGUUUGAAGCCUUUUUAAUCUCGCAGGUCGUGUUUUAUUAGGUCAAAAGCCAUUCGUGCUGCGCGCUCGUGAAUUUAAACAUAAUAAAACACUCCUGCUCGUUUAUUAAACAGUACGUAAAUCUCCUUUACCGAUUUUGCGUAACUUUAUUAUUUCUUGAGAUAUUUUGACAGAAAAAAUCACAAAUCACCGAGCAUUCCGCCAUCUUGGAUUUUGGCGGAUAUGCAUGUUACGUCAUAAGUAGGGUCGUGCAAGCAUGUAUCCGGAGAGCAAUUGGUUAUUAUGAGCCCAAAAUCAUAUUUCAGUAACUAGUUCAAGUAUGAAAGUGACUGACGGCUUUCGCCGAGGCAAAGCCGAGUAUCUUUAGGUCUGAUAAAAUACGUACUGCUAAUGCAUUAAAUUGCUUCAAAAACUAUCGAUCUAGUAAGUUCAUUGACGCAGUAAUUUUCAAAAAACACGUUGUGUAAGUCGAAAAAAUCAAAGCUAAAGUUUAUGUAAAUCAAGGGAGAUCAGUCUACAGUAUGUACUAGAUAAAACAUUCGCAGCCGAUCUGUAUCUGAUAUACAAACUCGAGCCGAAGUACUUAAAAAAUUACGCAUCUUAUCAAUUCAUUGGCAAAGUAAUUUUAAAAAUAAACAUUGUUUAUGCCGAGAAAAUCAAAGCUGAAGUUGAUGUAAAUCGGGACAAAUCUUUAUCCGAUUGACAAACAUUGAUUAAACAUUCAUUUCUUUUGUAUUUUCCUCGUGAAUUAUUAAUGAAUUUUUUAACACAUGAUAAAGAUACGACACGCUUAUGAUUUUUCAUUGUGUUUGAAACAGCACGUUUCAUACGACAAGAAUCGAUGAAUUUAACAAAUAUUUUUUUCUCUUUCAGAUCGGGCACCGACCGAUGGCGUUUUGGUAGUAAAUACACUCCGUCGAAAAUCUUAAACAAAUACUGCGAAGUAUUUGACAUUGAGCCAAAUUUUCCUGAAGAAAACCGAGGAAAGAAAGUAACUCUAAUACGUAGCGAAUUUGAUAAACGUCACUUUAGAAUUUCAGACUUUG